AUGGCUCCCAGUUUCGACCAACUAUCAGACCACGAUCUUCAAGAAGAGGAAGAUGAGAUCGAUUUCAGCGAUCUGCAACAACGAUACGAUGUGCGCCUUGAGGAGGGCCUCGAGACAUUCAUUGUCAUUGACGGCCUCCCCGUGGUCAACAGCGAACAGAAGCCCAAACUCGUGAAAUUCCUCAUGAAAAGACUGGCCUCCGCCGGACGCAUAAAAGAUGGUGAAGAGUCGGUAUAUAUGCCAAUGAACGAACAAGGCGUCUCUGAAGGAUUCGCGUUCGUCGAGUAUCAAACCCCCGAGCAGGCAACCUCUGCUAUCAAGCAACUUCACGGCACAGCGCUCGACAAGAAACACACUCUUUCCGUAAACAAGUUGACGGACAUCGAAAAAUACGGCCGCGAAGGCAAGAUCGACGACGAGUAUGUCGCGCCCGAAAUUCCAGAGUUCACAGAACGAGAGCACCUUCGGUGGUGGCUUGCCGACCCAAAUGCCCGAGACCAAUUCGUCAUGUUCCGCGGCGAUAAUGUCGGCGUCUACUGGAACAACAAGAAAGACAACCCCGAAACGAUAGUAGACCGCAAGCACUGGACUCAGCUAUUCGUCAGAUGGUCGCCACAAGGCACAUAUCUCGCUUCGAUGCAUCAACAGGGCGUCCAGAUCUGGGCAGGCCAGUCUUUCAGCAGAGUCCGCCAGUUCCCACAUCCCUUCGUCAGCUUGAUGGAGUUCUCGCCCAACGAGAAUUACCUCACCACCUGGUCAAAAGAUCCGAUUGUUGUUGACCCGGAGGGCAAAGGUCCGUUGACCAUCGAUGAGGAAGGAAAGCACAUCGUUAUAUGGGACGUCAAGACGGGUAAACCACUUCGAUCAUUCGUUGCAUACGAUCUGCCCGUGCCUCCUCCGCUCGGAGACGCUCCGCCCCUGAAGGCAAAGCCACAAUGGCCUGCCUUCAAAUGGUCGGCGGACGAGAAAUACGUGGCACGUAUGAAGCCCGGCGAGUCAAUCUCGGUCUACGAACUCCCACGAAUGAAUUUAUUAGACAAGACCUCCAUCAAGAUCGAAGGCAUUCAAGAAUUCGAGUGGGCGCCAGCCACCGUGCAGCGAGAUGGUCCCAAAGUCUACGAGCAGCUGCUCUCAUACUGGACUCCUGAACUCGGGUCAAAUCCUGCUAAGGUCGGCCUGAUGUCGAUUCCCAGCAAAGAGAUUGUCCGCACACGCAACUUGUUCAACGUCACAGAAGCCCGUCUACACUGGCAAUCGGAUGCUAAAUUCAUCUGCGUCAAGGUGGACCGACACUCCAAAUCCAAGAAAUCACUGGCCACGAAUCUGGAAAUCUUCCGCAUCAAAGAGAAGGGCGUGCCUGUUGAGGUUGUUGACAGUCUCAAGGAUACAGUCAUCAACUUUGCAUGGGAACCUAAAGGCGACCGCUUUGUUCUAAUCACCGCUGGAGAAGCUGUACCAGGCUCAAACGUGCUUCCCAAGACUGCCGUUUCCUUCUUCGCCCCUGAGAAGACCAAAGGCAACAUUACUGGCCCAUUCAAACUCGUCAAGACAUUCGACAAGAAGAACAGCAACGGUAUCUACUGGUCUCCCAAAGGUCGAUUCGUCGUUGUCGCCACCGUAAGCGUUCAACAACACUCCGAUAUCGACUUCUACGAUCUCGACUACGAAGGUGAUAAGCCUGAUGACCAGAAAGACAUGGCUUCGAAUCUCAUGCUCAUCAACACCGAAGACCACUACGGCAUGACCGACGUUGAGUGGGAUCCCACCGGUCGCUAUGUGGUCACCAGUGCCAGCAUGUGGACACACCAGAUGGAGAACGGCUACCGCAUGUGGACAUUUUCUGGCACAAUGCUCGCGGAGCAGCCCACCGAGAAAUUCAAGCAGCUCCACUGGCGCCCACGCCCGCCCACCCUUCUGUCCAAAGACGAACAGCGUAACGUCCGCCGCAAUCUACGCGAAUACAGCCGUGAAUUCGACGAGGUCGACCGAGAGAUGGAGGAGAGCGCCGACCAGGCUGUCGUAGACGCAAGAAGACGUCUAUACGCCGAAUGGUUCAGCUACUUGCGAUCAGCCCGGGAAGAGGUCGCAGAGGAGCGUGAGGAUCUUGGCAUUCCGGAUCCGGAGCAAGAGCAGAUGAAGCGGGUGAGAACGAAGAGCGGUGACGGGACUCAGGCGGAUGAGCAGGUCAUUGAGGAGGUUGUGGAUGAAGUACUAGAGGAGACCGAGGAGGUUGUUGGCUAG